UGCGCGUCAAAUCAUAUCUUUGCCACUCCUGUCCAAAACUACUACAAAAGAAACCGGGAACAUUCACAAGCGCACUUGCUAAACACUUUUUCUGUUUCUUUCUUGUGUUGUUCAAUCCAACUUUACUUUCAUUCUCCAUAAGCUAUGGCUGAUGAACUGCUCAUUGAACUCUUCAAGCUGGUGGGUCCAAUCGUUUUAGAGGUUACGAAGCAAGAGAUCAACUUGCUAGUUGGCGUUGAUGACGAAGUCCAAAAGCUUCAAGGGAGGCUCGGAUUCAUCAAGGCAAUGCUGGAAAAUGCUGAGGAAAGACAUGCUGUGAAGCAGCGUACUGAGAAGCUUUGGUUAGAGAAGAUCCAAAAUCAGUACUAUGAGAUGGAUGACAUCUUGGACGCUUGGAACACUGCAAGGGUCAGAGCAAAGAUUGAGAAAGAAGAAGGAAAACCAGCUGAUACUAACUCUCUCGCUGUUGUCAAGAAGAAGGUAUGCUCCUUCUUCCUCAUGUUGUUUUCAUGUUGUUUUGACCUUCCUCUGCGUCAUGAUGUUGGUCACAUGAUUAGAAAACUGAAUGAAAAGUUAGAUAUGAUUGUCAAAGACAAAGCAACCUGUGGGAUUGACUGUAAUAGGCAACCUGAUGUAGUUGAGCGACCAACAACUACGUCCUUUGGGGAUGUGUCCGAAAUAAUAGGCCGUGAUAUCUAUAGGGAUGAUCCACUAAGGAACCUGUUAGGUGUGGGUAGUCUAGAAGAAACAAAUUCUUAUCGUGUCAUCUCCUUAGUGGGUAUGGGCGGUAUUGGAAAAACAACUCUUGCCCUAUUAGCCUUCAAUCAUCUUGAUGUGCAAGCCCAUUUUCAAAAAAGAAUGUGGAUUUGUGUUUCUGAUCCUUUUGAUCAGUGCAAGGUUGCCAAAGCAAUCAUUAAUAAGAUUGACCCUAGCCAUGAACAUGGACCCCUCAAUGAUAGUGAUUUGGAAGAUCUCUUGCUUAAAAUUCAUGAUUUGAUUAAGGAGAAGAAGUAUUUUCUUGUCUUAGAUGAUGUGUGGUUUGAAGACUCCCAAAAAUGGGAGCCGUUCAAACGUGCUCUAAAAAAUGGUGUUCAUGGUAGUAGAAUUCUAGUAACCACACGUAAACAAAUAGUUGCGAAGAGUACAGGGAGUGACCUCAUUAUAAAUUUGGACGUAUUGUCUAGUAAAGACUGUUGGUUGAUUUUUAGUAAACUAGCGUUUUCUAAUGAGGAGGGACUUGGGUAUCUCGAAGAACCUGGUAGAAAACUAGCAACUAAGUGUAAAGGCUUACCGCUCGCUGCAAAGCUUCUAGGUAGCCUCAUGCAGAACAACAGAAGUAUAGAUCAAUGGAAUGAGAUUUUGUAUAGCAAUUUUUGGGAAUUGGAAGAUAUUGAUAAUAUUGAAAAAAGCACUUUGGCACCAUUGCUUUUGAGUUAUUAUGAACUACCCUCAGCAAUGAGACGUUGUUUCUUAUAUUGUUCUGUCUUUGCAAAAGAUUAUUUCUUUCAUAGAGAUCAAUUGGUCCUCCACUGGAUGGCACAAGGAUAUGUUGAGUCAAAGACAAAUAAGGAGAUGGAAGUCAUAGCGGAAGCAUACUUUGAAAAGUUGGCCAUGCGCUCUUUCUUCCAAGAUUUCAAGAAAGAUGAAGAUAGUGAUGGCAAGAUAAUAGGUUGCAAAAUGCAUGAUAUAGUGCAUGACUUUGCUCGAUUAAUGACAAAAAAUGAAACCUUCGAAACCGAUGGUAAUAAGGAGAUAGAUUUUCAAAGUGCUCGUCAUCUACAUUUAAAAAUUUCAAAAGAAAUGCAAUUUCUUAAAUCCAUAUAUGGUGCAAAAAAUCUACGCACUCUCUUUCUUCUUUCGCAUGAGAGGUAUUAUAAGUAUUAUAAGUUUGAGAUGCUCUUGUUGAACUCAAUCCAUAGUUUUAAAUGUUUAAGAACAUUAAUUUUGGAUCAUCCAAUUGAGAGACUUCCAAAUGCGGUGGAAGAUUUGAUGCAUUUAAGGUAUCUUCAUAUAUCUGAGAAUGUUGAAAUAGGAGAAUUGCCCGAAACCUUUUGCAAUCUAUGUAAUUUACAAACUUUGAAUAUCUGGGUUGAUAAGUCUUUCAAGAAAUUACCACAGGGGAUGGGUAAACUAAUUAACUUAAGACAUCUUAUAUUUCAUGGUGUUCAUAUGUACGAUGUGGUAUUUCCAAAAGGGAUUGGGAAAUUAACUGGUCUUAGAACAUUAAGUAUAUUCAACAUAGGUGAUAAGGAUGAUAGUGAAGGAUGUAAACUUGGAGAGUUAAAAAAUUUGAAUGAGCUUCGGGGGACUCUUACAAUAAAUGGGAUGAAAAAUGUGGAAAAUGUAGAUGAGGCUCAGAAUGCACAAUUCAAAGAUAAAAUACAUCUCCGUGGAUUGGUGCUAAUAUGGUAUCCCGAAUAUAUUAAGCCUAGGGUGGAGAAUGACGUAAAAGUAUUGAGUGCCUUAGAGCCACCACCAUACUUGCAAUAUUUAAAAAUUAUGGGCUACAUGGGCAACACAAUUUAUCCUAAUUGGAUGAUGUCAUGGACGACACUGAAAAAGCUUGAACUUCAUAGCUGCCUAUUUUUAGAGCAUUUGCCUUCUUUGGGGCAGUUGCCAUUCCUUGAAGUAUUAGCGAUAGAGAGGCUUUGGGAAGUGAAGAAGGUGGGAGAUGAAUUUCUGGGAAUAGAAGAUUCCAAAGAAAAGAAAGACAUAUUCCCAAACCUGAAAUCUCUCAAAUUUGACGUCUUGUCCAACUGGGAAGAAUGGAUUGUUACAAAUCCGAUAAUAAUGCCACGUCUUCAGUCCUUCAAAAUUUUGGGCUGCGAAAAACUAAAGUCUCUGCCAGACGACUUGUUUACUGCUUCAUCAUUGAAGGAAUUGGAAAUUGUUGGUUCACCGCUUCUCGAAGAACGUUACCGUAGAGGGACCGGAGAGAACUGGCCCAAGAUUUCUCACAUCUCUAACAUCAGAUUGGGUAGGAAGUAUUUGCAAAUAGACGGUAAACCCGAUGAUUAUCAAAGAUGCUUGUAUUUUGGGGGUGGCCCAUCUGAUGAGUCUGAGUUUGAGGUGGAAGUAGACAGUGAUGAGGGUCCAGAGAUCUGUGAAGUAGACAGAUAAUAAGGGCUAGGUAUUGAAGUGGACAAGAUUUUUGAAGACCACAAAGGUGCUGGUGGAUGACAGAAAUUGAGGGCCUUGGUUUUUUGAGUAAUCACCGCGAGAGAGAAGAGGACUUUAAAAGUCUCUUUUGUGGAUGUCUGAGGGUGGCUUUGGCUCUCGCUCUUUUACUUCAUUUCUUCACUCUUUCUUCCGAAAAACAAAUAAACCCUCCCUCCUACCAUCUCCAUUGCCACACUCUUCAGUUUGUAAGGAAGGUUUUGAUGGAGUAUGGGAGUGGGAUUUGCCCAUUACAAGCCAGCCCUGUAUUGAGCAGCAAGUAGACUGUUUGAACCUAGUCCAAAAAGGUUAAGAAAAGAUGUGUUGGCCAAGGAUGAAGCAGAAAGUCAGAAACCUCUUUGGCUAUUAAUGGAAUCCUUACUUGGCCAUCAUUCGUCAGUCCAGGGUGCUACAUGGGGCACAACCAUCUGGCAGAUUUAUAGCAUUUUAUGCUACUUUUGAUUAGGACUUGUGCUUGAAGGAGCUGGUGGAGGACUUGGAAAUAAGCUAUUGCAGGAUGUGAGUCUGUAUAUCUCAAAAAUCAAGAUCACCUUUAAAAGUUAGUAGAGGAAGAACUUGAAGAGCAGUAUUUGUGUAGUAACUAACUCAACUAUAAGGCUCGGCUUUGCAGUUGGCAUUAUGCAUACCUGAAAGGUUUUGAUGGAGUAUGCGAGUAGGAUUUUUCUGGGUUGGUGAUUUGCCCAAUACAAGCCAGCCUACCCCAUUGAGAAGCAAGCAGACUGUUUGAACCUAGUCCAAAAAGGUUGAAAAAAGAUGUGUUGGCCAAGGAUGAAGUAGAAAGUGAAAGAAGUGUUGUGUUAAUAAUGUUCAAUCAGCCAAUGGUCUAUGAAUGCUUUUAUUCAUCAUUCCUUGGUGAUUCUCCUAACAGCUCUAGAGGUAUUGAGCUAUAUGAUGACAUGUGAAAUUAAAAUAUUUAUUGGCGCAUCUGGUGCACUUUUUGUACUAUUGGGAGCCAUGGUUUCUAAGCUUACUAAUUGGACAAUCUAUGCAAAUAAGUGUGCAGCACUUGUAACUCUCAUGCUCAUUAUAACCAUAAAUUUGCCCCUCGGAUUUCUACCUCAUGUGGACAAUUCAGCUCAUAUUGAAGGAUUCCAAUCUAGAUUUCCCCUUGGCUUGGAUAUGUAAGGCACAAAUAAAUUCCUCCAAGAUAUGAAAUAAAGUAGAAAUCCAGGCACAAGUGUUAUCAAUACCUUUUAUAGCAUUAGUGCUUUAGUCCUCUUAAUUCUUGGGUAAUUAACUUGAACAUUCUCUGCAUUCUCAACUUCUAGUUUAAGUAUCUACCAUGGAAAUGUGACCCAGCCUUGACUAAGCUUAUUCUUUUGUUUUAUCUACGCCGAAGAAAUUGAUAGAUGUGCAUAUGGAUAUAUUGAGCUAUUUAAUGGUCAGAAGCUGUAUAGUUGUAUAGUCUGCCUUUCUAGAGCAUCAAUCAGCUGAAUGAUUAUGUCAAUCUAUUUGCCUAUUCUUCAAGCUUUGCAAGUAAAACAAAGCUACUCUUGUAUGGAUGCUUACUGUGACAAAGGAUCUUGACGGUUUACACCUCCCAUUGUCAGCUUUUUGAAGCUGUCCAGCUUGUAGAUUUUGUAGCCAUUUCUUUUAUGCUAAUGGCCGGUGUCCCUAAACAUUAGUAUUGCACAACUGCAUUGUACAAACACUUAGGAAUGAAGUAGUAAAACAACACAUCAAAAUAUAUAAAGGAAAAUCCAAUUAAGGAUUGUACAUUUUAUUUAAAUAUUUUAUUCCAAUCUCAAAGUAUUUUUCACAUGCAUCAUUUUCAUUCCAAAGAACCAUUGUAUUUCUACAAAAUUUAAUGCAACACAAGGAGUGACAUUGAUCUACAACUGUAUAUAGGCACACCCUGAACAUGUGUCAACCUCUGUCAAAUUCUUACAGUCUAUAGGUGCUUCAUUUAGGCAAACCCUGAACAUGUGUUAAUGGUCUCUUUUUAGAUUUGUACAGCCUAUUGCUUCUAUGCUCUAGAAACCUUAUUAUCCUAAAGAUUUUCAAUCUGAUUACUGAAUAGGGAAUAAUACACAUUUUGUAGCCCAUUCAGAAUCUACACACCACAGGCUUAACUAAUGCAGUAAAUCUUCUAAUAAAAAGUAAGAGUUGACAUCAGAAUAGAACCAUUAGUAUAGAGUUAAGUACAAGUGAAACCAACAAUAUAGAAAAGGUCAUGAAUCUUUUGCAACUUUAUGAAACAAAGUCUAACAAGAUACACUGCUAAAAUUAACAUGGAAUUGUCUGUUUCACCUGGAACAAGAACUUGCUAGUACUCAAAUUCUAGAAUACUUAACACCUUGCUAGUUUAUAAAAUCUUUAACACUGCAUGCGGAUGAUAUAUUGGUGUUUUUGACUAGGGAGGAUAUUGAACUCGUAGGGAAGGUUUUGGUGAUUUGCCCAUUACAAGCCAGCCUACUAUUGAGCAGCAAGCAUACUAUUUGAACCUAGUCCUAAAAGGUUGAGAAAAGAUGUAUUGGCCAAGGAUGAAGCAGAAAAUCAAAAACCCCAUUGGCUAUUAAUGGAUUUAUAGCAUUGUAUGCUAAUUUUGAUGAGGACUUGUGCUUGAUUCCCAAGUCACCCUUUUACCUUGAAGGAUCUGGUGGAGAAUUUGGAAAUAACCUACUCCAUGAUAUCACCAUUGAAAGUUAGUAGAGGAAGAACUUGAAGAGGAGUAUUUGUGUAGUAACUAAUUAUAACUUUAAGGCUUGGCUUUGCAGUUGGCAUUAUUCAUACCUGUAA